UGAGAUAAGAUGGCUGAAGCAGGAGGUAGAAAUGCGGUGGGUGGAUGGAUGUGAGCCAGUGAGCUCUGAGUGCUGCAGUCUCGCAGGAACCGGAGAGACAGAUCUACAGCAUUAAGGGCUGUCACAGCUCAGGCACCCUUAACACAGCGUGAAUAAAUCUAGUCUGUGCUAUUCAGAAUCCAGAAAUCCAAAGAGCAUUUAAAUGUUUUGCCCAGGAAGCUCCAAAUGCACACAAGCUCCCAAUCAAUGAAGAGCAGCAGCAGGGUAAAGGCACCAAACCAAACCUCCCUGCACGCUGGGGGUGUGUGUGAAAUCUCUACCUCGAUGUCAAAGGGAAAAGCAGAUUUCUGCCUCGAUCCAUGGAACAAAGCAGGUCUAUGGGAAGAAAUAACAGUGAAAUGUGCUAAUAUUUCUGACUCGGUUCAGGUCUUUCCCUCCAAGUAAAACGCAACCUCUUCUGAUUGCACCCCUUGACUUGCUGGAGAAUAGCUGAUGGCAAAGGCAGAGCCUGGGGAGGAGGGAACCGGACCUGACUGCUCCCAGGGGCCAUUCCCAUUGCACAAUUUCUCUUCCUUAAAGGAAAGGGUGGGUCACAAGCCACGGCCAGGAACCACGUACCUUUAAACUGUUGCUUCAGGCCACUGCUGGCAGAUCUGGUGCUGCUCUGUGAAACCUGGUUCUCAGCUUGUGAGCAUUUGAAAACAACGCAGUUCCCAGAGGGAUGAUUACUCCAGUUUGAUUUUCCAGGUGGAAACAGGCUUGACCAUCUCAGCCCAUCUCAACAGCUGCUGCUGGCAAAACCAGAAGCUGUGAGGAGUUGCCUGAAAGGUUCUGCAACAGUAGGACCCUUUGCAGGAGUGACUCCAGCACGCAGCAGUCAGGAAUCACCUGCUAAGGGAGACAAGAUGCUGGCGGCCCACUUUGAUUGCCCAGGAGGCCCAGAAAAUCUCUAUGUGAAAGAAGUGCUGAAACCACAUCCAGGAGAAGGAGAAGUUCUCAUGAAGGUCUCUGCCAGUGCUCUGAAUAGGGCUGAUUUACUCCAGAGGAGAGGGAAGUACCCUCCCCCCAAAGGAGCAAGUGAUAUUUUAGGCUUAGAAGCAGCUGGGAGUGUGGCUGGGAUUGGACCUGGCUGCACGGGGCAGUGGAAGAUUGGUGAUGCAGUGAUGGCUCUGCUCCCUGGAGGUGGCCAGGCUGAAUACGUUACAGUACCCGAAGGCCACCUGAUGCCAGUUCCCAAGGAUAUGACUUUUAUUCAGGCUGCAGCCGUUCCUGAAGCCUGGUUAACAGCUUUUCAGCUGCUGCAUUUUGUAGGUAAAAUACAGAAAGGGGAAACAGUGCUGAUCCACGCUGGAGCAAGCGGGGUUGGUAUGGCAGCCAUUCAGCUGGUCAGACUGGCAAAAGCUAUUCCCAUUGUGACAGCAGGAACUCAGGAGAAACUCAAAGCAACAACAAAUGCUGGAGCAGCUGCAGGGUUCAACUACAAGAAUGAAGAUUUUAGUGAAAAGGUCUUGGCCUUCACCCAAGGUUCUGGAGUAGAUAUUAUUUUAGAUUGUGUUGGUGGCUCUUACUGGGAGAAGAAUCUCAGCUGCUUAAGAACUGAUGGCCGGUGGGUUAUUUAUGGAUUACUGAGUGGAGGUGAAGUUCAUGGAGAUUUGCUUGCAAGGCUGCUUUCCAAAAGAGGAAGCAUCCAUACAAGUCUAUUAAGAUCACGAGACAAGGAGUAUAAGGAGCAGCUGGUGAAAGCCUUCAUAGAAAAUGUGCUGCCAUACUUCUCGGGAGGAGCCUCCCCACAUCUCCAGCCGCUUGUCGACAGCAUUUACCCUCUGCAUGAGAUUGCAGAGGCACACAGGAAAAUGGAAGAAAACAAGAACAUCGGCAAAAUUGUCAUUGAAAUGCCCGCUUCACCCUAAGGGCUCCAUCUUCACCUACAGCCCUCUGCUGUAGUUGUUCUAAGGGUAGGAGUGCUAUGGGUGCCUUAGGAGAUUCUGCAAUUCCUCCUUCCAAAUUUGAAAUGAUUUAUUGUGGAAGGUCUCAAAAAAUGAGGGCCAAAGCAAAGCCUUACAGGACAUGUGAAUAAAAAAUAUCACACUGCA